GCCUGUUCUGGUGUCCUUUUGUCCAUGUAGAACAUGACUGAUUCACAAAGUACAUUCUACCACAAACGUAUCAUCAAAACUCUGAUCUAUUUCACUUCGCGCGGUACACUUCAUCAUACCUCAGCUGCUCUCGCUACCCUCUGAUUAGCGGUGUUAUCCCACAAGGAGGAAGUACAUUGCCUAUAAUUUGAUACAUGGCAUAAUCGACUUUCUUUUCAAUAAUCUCUCACAAUAUUUGGGUACUGGAAUCAGAUCACAGGCCAUUCCAAGCUGCUCCGUCAUACCAGGAUAUAUAGCAAUGGAUAUUACUAAAAGUACAAGCACAAUCUUUUUUGAUAUGUGUACAUAGAAGGGAAUUGAUAAUAUUAAAUAUUGGACUUCACUAUUCACUCUCUGUGUUUCUGUGAUAUUGACAAUGUCUGGGGAUUCAAUACUUGGAUGGUUAAGGAUGUUCCUGUCACUUACUCUGAUAUGGAUUCUUGCGUCUAUUACAGUUGAAUGUCGGGAGUGUUCUACAUCGGGGUCGAAUGUGUAUGGUGGCUAUCAGUAUGUCUUUUACCAUGAUGUCCACAAGACAUUCUCCGACACACGUGCACUUUGUCAGAGCUUAGGAGGUGACAUGCCAAUCAUUACAUCAGCUGGUCAAAAUGCUUUCAUUGCCACGAUAUUACCGGCGAGGAAUGGUAACUAUUACAUCGGCUUAGAAGACAUGGAUGAGGAUGGUGAAUACAAAUGGAUUGAUGGAAUGGACCCUGUGUUGUUCUGA